UUGUUAAGUUGGUGCUCUUCUUCUUCCAUCUGUCUUUCAAACUUUCUCUGGCGCAAAUUACUCUAAACAACACUUCCAAACACAAUUUUUCUUUCCCAAUUUUUCCCCCCAAAAAAAAAAAAAUCAUUUUCGAGUAAACACACUCUUCCUCAUCCAUGGCAUCUCGCCGCCGCAUGUUAUUGAAGGUCAUAAUCCUUGGAGAUAGCGGGGUCGGUAAAACAUCACUGAUGAAUCAGUAUGUGAAUCGUAAAUUUAGUAAUCAGUAUAAGGCAACCAUUGGUGCAGAUUUUCUCACCAAGGAGGUUCAGUUUGAAGAUAGGUUGUUCACAUUGCAGAUUUGGGAUACUGCUGGUCAAGAGAGGUUUCAAAGUCUUGGUGUGGCUUUCUACCGUGGUGCAGACUGCUGUGUCCUUGUUUAUGAUGUAAAUGUAAUGAAAUCCUUUGACAAUCUCAACCACUGGCGAGAAGAAUUUCUUAUUCAGGCUAGUCCAUCGGAUCCUGAAAACUUCCCAUUUGUUGUAUUGGGAAACAAAAUAGACGUUGAUGGUGGAAACAGCAGAGUUGUUUCUGAGAAGAAAGCAAAGGCAUGGUGUGCUUCAAAGGGAAACAUACCAUACUUCGAGACCUCUGCAAAAGAAGGAUUUAAUGUUGAAGAUGCUUUCCAGUGCAUAGCAAAAAAUGCACUGAAGAAUGAACCUGAAGAAGAAAUGUACCUUCCUGAUACAAUCGAAGUUGGUGGUGGUGGAAGGCAACAGAGAUCUACUGGUUGUGAAUGUUAAGUGCACCAACUACUUUAUCGACUUUGUAAAACCAAGGACAACUUUGAAAUUUUGUUUUGUAUCUAUCUAGUGGAUUUAGCUGCCAUCGUGUUUAUUUUUCUAUCUCUAUCUUUUCUGUUUGUGACCAAUGAUCCCCCAAAUCAGGAGAUGUAUGUUGAAAGUUGUUUUGUUCAAUUGAGUUAUGACAUUGAUUUGUGUUAUCAGUA